CUGCGGUGCAAUAGCUGGGUGCGAAGCAAAGCACCUGCUUAUUAGUCGCCGUCGAUGUCGCCGUCGAGUGUGUGUGCAGCGGCUCACUGCUCCCUCCCACCCCCCACUCAUUUCACAUGUGCUCGAUCCUCCCUUGUGCGUUGGCAACUCAAUCUUCGAUAGAUAUAUCAUCACCUACUGUUCAGUAGUUCCAAUAAGGUCCCCGCUCCCUACCGUUCCAAUUUGACGUACUUUACUCGCUAGUAAUUGUCAUCAUAAGAUAAGCUAACUACGAGAGGAUUAUGAAUUCCAACAAUGGCAAUCGAGAUAUACCACGCUGGAGUGGAGGUGACGACGAUGAAAUCGCUGAUGCUAUGAACACUGAAAUCUUGGACUCGAUUGCCAAGCACUAUGCCGCCACGGGCCAAAAUGUUUCUGUGGAAGAUGUUACGGGCACAUCCGCCGCCGCUAGCUUGACCCCGAGUCCAGAAGAAGUGUAUCAGGAGAAUUCUGCAACCAUGGCCGAUGGCUGCAGUGAACUGGAUACCGAGAACCAACGCCUCCCUGACCUUGCAAAGACCCAUGUCGUACCUGAGCCUCCGAUGCAGCAAGACGAACGCGUCGACAAGGAUCCCGUACUGGCAAAGGUUAGCAAUCAGCAAACUGCCCCCAACACGGAAAAGGGAGAGUCAGGCAUCAAAUCUGGGGAAGGUGAUAUUGAACAAGGAUGCAACAAUGGCAGCUCAGGACGCCAGGAAAGCCAACCCGGAGCGUUUGCGGAAGCCCCAGAAGGAGAAACUGAUGCCAAUAAUGGUAGCAGCAGCAACGACGUUAUCGUGGGUGGCGGCAGUGGCCAACCUUCUACUAGGGACGAGGGUGUGAUAGCUGUGGCCACGGCGGUCCCAGAGGUUGACGAAGCUAAUCUACAGCAUGCGCAAAGCGUACAGGCAACCCCCACUCAACCCCGUGAUGCUGCUGGUACCGACAAGGCAUUUGUUCUAUCAGUUGCAGGGCUGGUGGUUGUGUUUGUCAUUAUUGUGACAGUGGCCAUACUUCUUGGGCUCGCCUUAACGAAAGACAGUCAGUCUGAACACGUCCAUACUGCUUCCAAACCCACCGUAACUGCAGCACCCAACGCCACAAUCGCCCCAACUUCCAUGCUCGAGGGUCAAGUUUUGGAGUUGCUACCCGCGGCCUCGUUGCAAGCGAUCCGACAGCCCGAGUCCGCCCAGCUCCAAGCAAUGCAAUGGCUUUUGGACGACCCCAACCUGGAAACUUAUGUGAAUGUGAAAUGGAGGGUCCAACAAAGGUUUGCCUUGGCAACGUUCUUCUUUGCUACCGCUGGGCGGGGGUGGACCUCAAAUGAUGACUGGACAUCUUAUGAGCACCACGAGUGUUCGUGGUUUUCUCGCAAGUUUUUCUUUCCUCCAAGCAAGGGCAUGAAGUUCAUUGAGGUGGAACAUGCCAACCCCUGUGAACAAGCCAACAUCACCACAGAGGCAACAGUCUCAACCGACGACGAUGACCAAGAUACACGGUAUCGGCACCUCUGGCUGUUGGACAACAACCUUGUUGGUUCCAUUCCCGAAGAGAUCUGGCUGCUUUCUGACCUGAGGAGCAUCAGUCUCUCGAAGAAUUCCCUUAGAGGCACCAUUUCGCCGUCUCUUGGCAACAUUUCAUCAAGCAUGGAGGCCGUCACAAUGAGCUUGAACAAGCUCACAGGUACACUUCCCACAGAGGUCGGAAGCCUGAACUUGUCCCUCUUAUCCGUUGCAUUCAACCAGCUCCAUGGAAAAAUUCCAACUGAGCUUGGGCUGAUGAAGAAUUGGCACACGGCCAUGUUGGAUCGGAACCAUUUCACCGGAACCAUCCCAUCGGAGCUAUUUGGCGCAACCAGCCUUCGAAUGCUCUACCUAUUUGGGAACAACUUUACGGAAGGAACUAUACCAUCAGAAAUUGGGAGACUUGAACGAAUGGAGGACCUUGCCCUGGACGAGUGUAACUUGAUUGGAACGAUUCCAUCAGAAAUCGGUCAACUGGCCAUAGCUUAUCGAAUGAAUCUGAACGUCAAUGCUUUGACGGGGACUCUAUGUACGGAGCUUGGACAACUCUCCACGGUGCGUGCUUUGGAGUUCCAGGAUAACCAACUAUCUGGCCCGAUCCCAUCAGAAAUUGCACUCCUUGGAAACUUGAAGGAAUUUUUCUUGAUGAACAAUCAACUGUCGGGUACCAUUCCUGUGGAGCUUCACGCGCUUUUGCCCCGUGCGAAUGCCACCGCUUCGUCUAUCAAAGCAUUCAACGCGACAGGGAAUCCCAUAACAGACCCACUGUACACCGAAGAAGACUUGUGUUGGAUUAACUCUACCUACUUCGAGGUGGACUGCGGCUCUGGCCCCCGUCAUUUGAGGUCGAUCGUUUGUGGAUUUUGUGAAUGCAAAUGUUGAUAAGAAUUGAGCAGUGGGGUUUGCCCAAGCUCAGCUCCAAAGCUGUAGCCCCUUUGAGGAGCAAUUUGAAGGGUUGCUAUCAUGCGACACACACACUCCGCUGGAGGUCUCUCUCCCGUUUACCAGUAAUAGCUCUGGCAGCAAGAUUGUCGAGGUAUUCACAGUAAAGCUAAUCUCUACUACAUGUAUGUAUGCAUACCGUAGCUAUCAUAGAUAUCUUGGAGCUUCGAGCACCGUACCGCGUCUCUGUCGUGCAGCUGAACUAGCC